CGGAGCGCUCCGCGCAUGGGCCGCUCUCGAGGGGCGGGACGCGACGGUCACGUGAGCGUGUUUUGGGCACGUGAUGCAAGGUCCUGGCUCUCCCCGCCCCCCCGCCCGCCUGCCCCGUUCCCUCCUCCCUCGGCGGGUGUGCUCCGAACGGCCUCGCCUCAACGCCUAGCGCCCCCCCUCAGCCGUUGUCGCCGCCGCCGCCGCCGCCGCCGCUGGCCAUGUCCCCCGGCCGCCGCCGCCGCCGCCCGAGCGCGGCGCUCCCGAGGCCCGGCGCGCACUGAGCGCGGGCCCGAGCUGCCGUUCGCCCGCCCCGGGCCCUUGUUCUCCGCGCCGCCGCCGCCGCCAUGUUGGGUUUGGAGCCGCAGCGGAGCCGCCGCCGCCGCCGCGGCUGAGGAGGCCGAGAACGGAGCCCGGCCCGCGCCGGGGCCCAGGCAGCGGGGCCCCGUCCGAGUCCCGUCAGAGCCCGAGUGCCCGUCCGCCGUGCGAGCGAGCCUCCGGGCCCCCGGCCGCGCCCUCUGCCGCCGGCCGAGCGAGCCGCGGAGCCCCGAGAGAGGCAGCACCAUGGCGGAGCAGACCUAUUCGUGGGCCUAUUCCUUGGUGGAUUCCAGUCAAGUGUCGACAUUUCUGAUAUCCAUUCUUCUUAUAGUCUAUGGUAGUUUCAGGUCUCUUAAUAUGGACUUUGAAAACCAAGAUAAGGAGAAAGACAGUAACAGUUCUUCUGGGUCUUUCAAUGGCAACAGCACCAAUAACAGUAUCCAGACAAUUGACUCCACCCAGGCUCUGUUCCUGCCCAUUGGAGCGUCCGUCUCUCUCCUUGUAAUGUUCUUCUUCUUUGACUCAGUUCAAGUCGUUUUCACAAUAUGUACAGCAGUUCUUGCAACAAUAGCUUUUGCUUUUCUUCUUCUCCCGAUGUGCCAGUAUUUAACAAGACCCUGUUCACCUCAGAACAAGAUUUCCUUUGGUUGCUGUGGGCGUUUCACCGCUGCUGAGUUACUGUCAUUCUCUCUGUCUGUCAUGCUUGUCCUCAUCUGGGUUCUCACUGGCCACUGGCUUCUUAUGGAUGCUCUGGCCAUGGGUCUCUGUGUUGCCAUGAUCGCCUUUGUCCGCCUCCCAAGCCUCAAGGUAUCCUGCCUGCUUCUCUCAGGGCUCCUCAUCUACGAUGUCUUCUGGGUGUUUUUCUCAGCCUACAUCUUCAACAGCAAUGUCAUGGUGAAAGUAGCCACACAGCCAGCUGACAAUCCCCUAGAUGUUCUGUCCCGGAAACUCCACCUGGGACCCAGUGUCGGGCGUGAUGUUCCUCGCCUGUCUUUGCCUGGAAAAUUGGUCUUCCCAAGCUCCACUGGCAGUCACUUCUCUAUGUUGGGCAUCGGGGACAUUGUGAUGCCUGGACUCCUCUUAUGCUUUGUCCUGCGCUAUGACAACUACAAGAAACAAGCCAGUGGUGACUCCUGUGGUGCCCCGGGUCCGGCUAACAUCUCUGGGCGCAUGCAGAAGGUCUCCUACUUCCACUGCACCCUCAUUGGGUACUUUGUAGGUCUGCUCACUGCAACUGUGGCAUCUCGGAUCCACCGAGCCGCCCAGCCCGCCCUCCUCUACUUGGUGCCAUUCACCUUAUUGCCACUCCUCACCAUGGCCUACUUAAAGGGUGACUUACGAAGGAUGUGGUCUGAGCCAUUCCACUCCAAGUCCAGCAGCUCCCGGUUCCUGGAAGUAUGAUGGCUCACGUGGCAAGUGACCAGAAUGCGACCAUCGCCCUUCUCUCUCACCUCGGGUUUGUCUCCUCUAAAAGCUGGCUGGUAUCAGAGGAGCUGCAGUGUGACUGGGUUUGCGGCUGACGGGGUGCAGGAAGGUGCUGGAGCCUACGUGCCCUUCUCUUCCUGCACGCUGCGGGCGAGAGCGGAUCCUUCCAGAAGUGACUGCCCUCCCCAGGUUUUACAGAUCUGGCCAGACUGUUUCCUCGUGGGGAGCAGCGGAGCUGACUUAUUAACUGCAGACAACAAGGACCUGCUCUACGACGUCCAACACUAAGAGAAUGGGGAAAAGCAGACCGGUGUUUCUUCAGUGAACCUCCAAAACUUUGGGACCAGUUUCCUGUGGGGGACUCCAUUUCAGAGACCUGAGACAGAAGUUCUGUUCUCUUUUUUUUUUUUUUCUUUUUCUUCUUUUGGAUUUAUUAAAUAUUUUCUGUGGUGUGAAGUGACUUAUUAAAUCCACAGACAUUGAAUGACUGACUUCUUACAACAUACACAUAAGAAUUUGUUGUAAUGACUGUGUCCACCCGUGUUGGCCAUGAGCAAGGACACGGUUUUAUACAUACGUACAUAUAUAUAUAUAUAUAUACAUAUAUAUAUACACGCACAUAGAUAUCUAUGAGAAACAGUGACUAACCCUGCUAAGAUCAUGCCGUGUAGCAGACAGGGCUUGCUGAGUCUGAGCAUGUGGAGCAGCUUCCUGUGGCGUCCUUGCAUAAGCUGCUGUCUGCCUCACGAGUCUCCUGCAGUCGGAAACUGUGGCCACGUCGAACCGAUGGACCCAUGAGCUCUGGGGACUCCUCCCUCUUUUGAUCCGUGUAGCAAAUUAGGGAUAAAAGGUUUGAUCUUUUUGACCCUUUUCUUUUUACAGGCUCUCCUCGCAGUUUUUAGGAAUCGCCUCUUGAACCGUGCAUGUAUUAUAGCAGCCAGGUGUCUUUGUGCUUUCUGAUCAUAGUGAUGUACUACCUGUAAAUACAUUUUUCUAUUUUAUAUUUUUUUGUAUUUUUUUGACAUUUCGUUUCAUUGGUGCGCUGUAUUUCCCAUGCCCUCACUCCUUAAGAAAAAACAAAAAGGACAAAAACAACACAGUCCUGUCCUUGCUUUUGUGAUUACAGUCUUGGGUACAAAUGUCAGUUGCUUCUCUGAAAAUGGGACUAAAGUCUACGAGCUGGGGUCAGAGCAGGCUGUGUCAUCUCUCCAGGGCUGGGCACAGCAGUGACUAGCACAGUGUCUGCUCAUCUUUAUCUCGGUGACUCUGAGACAGCAGCGGGGUGUGGAUCUGUUCUUCCUUGGGGUCACGGCCAGCAUGGCCUGCCUGUGUGGUGCUGGUGCUGUCGACCCCAGGGCUGCUGUCAUUCCUGCAGAGGUCACAGCCCAUGCCCAGCUCGUCUGGGAGCAGGAUGCCAUCAUGGUGUUGGCUUCCUCCGUCAUCUUCAAAUUCUGCUGAAGGGUUUGAGGGUUUGGGGUUUUGUCUCUAAUAAAUGACACCUUUUUCUA